CUCUAGACUUCUUAGAAUUUCAAACCCCUACCCCCUCUUAAAACCCCCUCCUCUUCCUUGCCAUUAUCCUCCAAUCCUCGCCUGCCACACCUCUCUCUCUCUCUCUCUCUGGCUCAUCAAUAAUUAUCCAAUACCCAAUUCUUGAUCUUAACAAAAUCAGCCAAGAAAACCAAGAAUUUGCUUUUGGGUUGCAGAAACAUUCAUGGGUACUUUGGUGGGUCAUGUAGCUCCAGGCUUUGCCUUCUUUUUUCUUGGUUUUUGGCACUUGUUUAACCACGUAAGACACCAUGUUCAACAACCCAAUUUUUAUACCUCUUCCCCUUGGUUUCCAACCUCAAAAUUUAGGUACAUAGAGCUUCUCUUGAUUAUGAUAGGUAGCUCUAUCUCUGUGUCUAUGGAGCUGUUUAUUGGUCCUGAGAGACACCAACCCUUUGAUCCUGAUGGAACCAUACCAUCAAACCAUCUUCAUAAUUUUGAGCAUGCUUCAAUAUCAAUGACUUUCUUUGUGUAUGCAGCUUUUGCAAUAAUUAUUGAUAAAAUUAGGCCAAAAGCUCAAUAUGGUCUAACUCAGUUUCUUGGAGCAUUAGCCUUUGGGCAACAGCUUUUUCUCUUCCAUCUUCACUCAGCUGAUCACAUGGGUGUCGAAGGCCAAUACCAUCUGCUUCUCCAAAUUGUUAUAGUUGUUUCUUUAGCCACCACUCUCAUGGGUAUGGGCCAGCCUAAGAGUUUCAUGGUCAGCUUUGUUAGGUCUGCAAGUAUCAUGUUCCAAGGUGUGUGGCUUAUAACCAUGGGAUAUGUGCUUUGGACACCAUCUUUAGUGCCCAAAGGUUGCUUCAUUCACUCAGAAGAAGGUCAUCAAGUGGUAAGAUGUUCGGGGGAGGAGUCUCUACACAGGGCUAAAUCACUAGUAAAUAUCCAAUUCAGCUGGUUCUUGAUUGGAGUCACCAUUUUUGUGAUGUGCUUCUAUUUGGCUAUGCACAAAUUUUAUGGCGAACAAAAAAUUGAGUAUUCACCUUUAACAAAAGAAGAUCAUCAGCAGUUGCUAGAAGAAGAUUCAGAUGAUGUUGAAUCACAAAAGACUGCUAGCAAAUCAAACAGUUUUAUGAAUAUAGGAAGAAGCUUUGCCCCAGUUGACAUAGAAAGGUAAAAGGAAGGGGAGAAAAAGACAAAGAAGAUAGCAAAAAGUUUGAAGUCAAGAAGUGGUUAGGUAUGUCAUAUGUGUACAACUUAAUUUAGUUGGUGGGAUCCCACAUGUUUAAUUAGGCAUUCAAUAGUGUUUGCUUAAUGAAAAACAAUAAUGACAUGGGAAGAAAAAAAGUGUGUUCUUGAUUAGGGGCAAAUUGGCAUAAAGCUCUUUGCCCUUGAUAGCUCUCAGCUUCAGGGUGAGUCUUUUUCCUCUUCAUUCAUUUGUAAUUAAGUUCUUUAUGUCGCUUGUGUAUAGAAACAAGAAAGUUUAUUAUAGAAUGAUAUGUUGUUUAUAAUA